CUUGUCGAUUGAGUGACUUCAAUUCCGAUUCAAAGCACAGUCCGAAGUCCGGUCAAGAAUAUAAGUUGAAAGUCGUAUCAAAAUUUUAACCUUGUGCUCCCAAUCGCGUGGAAUUCUUGUCCCAAAUCGAUUUCAAGAUGUCCGAACAGUUCAACUUCAACGAGGUCUUCAACAGCCAAACGAUGCGUGGUCGUGCCAACGUUGCCAAGGCCACCUGGGCCUCGGUGGGACUGGUCUACGUCCUGGUCAAGAUGCACCAGCGCAACUCGAGGCGUCGCGAGGCGAAGCUCUACUGUAAGGGCUGCCAGCAGGCCUUCCUUCACGGUUAGAGGCGAUCCCACCCAAGUACAGAUCCCAAAACAGAUCCAUACCCACUAUCCUUCGACCCGACAGGAACGAUUCCCCCAAGAAUCCCCAGUUUCCAGAUACCCAGUUCACGACUUUCCAAAAACUCCUGUAUUUUGUCAAGUCAAUAAAUUUCGAACCUUGACAAUGAA